CCCAUUUAAAAACCAAACGUGACCUGUAUGAUAUAUAAUUCGUCUUCUUUACACAGGAAACUCCUCCCAAUGUUUACGUAAGUCAACUGUCGUACCUAAAUGUAGUGGGACAACGCUCAUAAGGCCAGAAAACUUGUAAUCCGGUCUGCCGUAGAUGUUAUAAGAAUUUCUAGGAUAUUCGCCGAAGUAGGAAAUGUGGGGAGGAGUUUCAGAUAGACUAUGUGUCGUAUGACUUAUAUGUGAUGUACUGUGGUCUACGUACUGGGCGGAGACCUGUAAGUGGUUUAGUUUAAUCAAAGGUUAUAUAAUAUAUCUAAACUGUUGCGUCUAUUGGACAGGCUUAUAAUUUAAGGUGGUGGGGGGGAAAUUGAAAAGAUGCUCAUACAACCCUAUCUGUUAACACGACAUUUGAACUCUGUGUAGUGUUUCAGUCACUAAUAUUUCACACACAGACAACAAUUACCUUGGAUAAAGAAGAAUUUUAUUUGUAUUUUCGUUAUAACGAUGACGACGUAUAGAAAAGUUCUGACUUUUGUUCUGAUCGCUUCGAAGACCCUCGUGUUGGUAUCGUCAGCGGCUACAAACACUGCUGUAAUUUCAACUCCGGAUACAUCGUUUGAGGAAUGUUUUAAUAAAAAUUCUAUAUCCUGCCUUCAAAUACAAAUAUAUAGAAAUGUGAGGUCGUUUUUUGAUCAAGAUAGAGUUGAUUUAGCUGGCGGAAUUUCUUUAGUCCGUGAAGAUGGCAACAAAAAUCAAUCAAAGGCGAGGGCAACCGAAGACGUCAUAGCAGAAGAGCAGAUUAUAGAGGCUGAAGAUUUCGAGCGGAGAGAAUCUACUCUUGAAUCUUUCGUGUACAGAAAACUAAUUGCAUUUUUUCAAGAACGCAGUGUCCGAUGGAAUAUUUCUCCAAUAAUUGACACAAUGACAAGUACAAGCGGAAUUACUGAGAAUCUAGCAGACGACGAAGGCAAGACAGUCACCAAUUUCGAAACCGAAGCUCGUGGUCGUAAGAAGUUGUUGAAGAAUCUCCUGCCCCUUCUGAUCGGAAUCAAGUUGAAGGUCGCCGUACUCCUGACCUUAGCGUACCUUGCUAUAGCCUUCAUCGCCAAAAAGGCCCUCCUCGUCAGUCUCGUGUCGAGUGCCAUCUCGGCGUUUGCGGUAAUACAGAAACUUCUGAGUCAGGGGCCUCAAUACCCACAUCACGAGGUCCAAGGGACGUACGUGGUUCCUCACGGUGGAGGUUGGGAAGGAGCUGUCGGCGGUGGCUAUGGUCAUGCUGAUUUUGGGAGUCACCCCUCUCCAGUGGCUCAUACCCUGGCUUAUGGGACUCAGAAAUCAUCCCGGAAAUAGAGAUGGUGAGGUCACGAUGUCUAUGUAGUGCACGCUAAGACAGGUCGACCAGUGUUUCAAUAUUAUCAGGGCAGUGAUUGGCUGUUUGCUGUGAAUUUCCGAACGCAUUUGUUGUACCCAAUAGCAUGUCAGUAUUUUUGCCGUGGUCACAGUGAAGAACGCCUGGUUUAUUUUAGAACAUUUGUAACUUCCUUAAUGUUUCGCUUUUUUGGUGUUUUCCAUAUUUAAAAUCAUAAAAAUUGCAUAUUAUUUCUUGCUGUCUAACGCCACUGCACACAGCGUUAAUUACAAAACCGACACUGACAAGAAACACAACCGGCUAGAG